AUCACAAUUAGCCUUCUACUCUAUGUUCCUCCACCCAUGCCUAUAAAUUCGUAAUAAAACUUCAGGAUAGAUACACUGCAAAUCUACUUCUUGUUUCUGAAACACUCUUUUCAUUGCCUUGUGCUCUGAAGAUAUGGCAGAAUCUCUGCUCACUUUUGCUGCCGAGGGAAUACUGACCAAGGUGACUUCUCUUGCCUCUCAAGAAUUCAGUCUCGUAUUGGAUUUCAAAGAAGAUCUAGCACAGCUGCGUGAUUCGUUCCUCAAUAUUCAAGCUAUGCUAAGAGAUGUCGACCAUUCACAAGUUCGAGGGGAGGCUGUGGAAAAUUGGGUGAAGGAUCUUGAAGACAUAGCUCACAAAGCCGGCGAUGUGUUGGAUGAAAUUGCGUAUGAAGAUCUCCGACGCAAAGUAGAACUCCAAGACCGGAUGAAGAAAAAGGUGAAAAAUUUCUUCUCCCACUCCAAUCCCAUUGCAUUUCGCUUAGAAAUGGCACAUAAAAUCAAUAAAAUCAGUACAUCUUUGGUGAAAUUAUUCAAUCAGGCUGCUGGCCCUAUUGGGUUAGUUGCUAGGACAUUAGCAGAUGCAACCUCUCAAGAUAUUGAAGUACUUGACAGGGAGACCAUCUCCAGCUUUGAUAGCGAUGAGAAGCUCAUCAUUGGAAGGAAAGAGGUCGUGUCAGAUAUAGUCAAAACCUUACUCAAGUCACACUAUAAUGAAGAAAAUUAUCUUCCGGUUUUGGCUAUUGUGGGAAUGCCGGGUCUGGGGAAGACAACUUUGGCUAAAGCAAUAUAUCAUGAAUCUAAGAUUGAUAGCCACUUCCAUGAAAAAAUAUGGGUGUGUGUAUCCACCCCUUUUGAAGUCAAGACGAUCUUAAGGGCGAUCUUGGAAACUCUGAAGCCAGAGAAAGCAGCAAUACAAAGCAAGGACGCGAUUUGUAAAUUCAUUCGAGAAGAGGUAAAAGGGAAAAGAUACCUUCUCGUAUUGGAUGAUGUUUGGAGCGAAGAUCCAGAAAAAUGGAAGGAGUUGAGGAGUUGUUUGUUAACAAUGAAUGAUACUCAAGGAAGCAGCAUCAUUGUCACUACCCGUAGUGACAGAGUUGCAAAGGUCAUGGAAACACUUCCUAGAUGUGAUUUAAGAAAACUAUCAGAUGAUGAAUGCUGGCUCAUUUUGAAGGAUAAAGCCAUUCCAGUUGGGAGUCCUCCUAUGUCUAAAGAGCAGGAGACAAUUGGUAAAGAGAUCGCUAAAAGAUGUGGAGGUCUACCACUAGUGUCAAAGGUUUUGGGAGAUGUGAUACGCUCUAAAACAAGUGAUGAAUGGCAAUCAAUUUUGAAAAGUAAAACAUGGGAUUCACCAGAAGGAGAAAAGAGAAUUUUUUCAAUUUUGAAGUUGAGUUUUGAUGAACUGAAACCUCCAUCCUUGAAACAAUGUUUUGCAUAUUGCUCGAUGUUCUUCAAAGAUUUUGAUAUUGAAAAGGAUGACUUGAUCCAACUUUGGAUGGCUCAGGGAUGGCUUCACCCUUAUUCUGACAAAAGCCUAGAGAUGGAGGAGAGAGGUAAUGAAUAUUUUAAAAUCUUAUUGGCGAAGUCUUUUUUUCAAGACGUUACAAAGGGUUAUGGUGGCAAUGUUACCAAAUGUAAGAUGCACGAUCUUGUGCAUGAUCUUGCAGAACAUGUAUCAAAAUCAAGGAACUUACGCUCACUUUUUUCAAAUGGAGAAGUCCUUGGGAGCAACUUAUUUAACUUCAAAUCUUUACGUGUGUUAAAUAUAUACAAAGCAGACAUUAUGGAGUUGCCAAUUUCAAUUGGGGAGUUGAAACACUUGAGGUAUUUGAAUGUUUUGAAAACAAGAAUCAAAACAUUUCCCAAAUCAAUUGGUCAGCUUUAUAACCUGCAAACAUUGAAAAUACCUUAUCAGCUUGAAGAAUUUCCAAGGGAAAUUGCAAAUUUGAUCAACUUGCGGCACAUUUAUUUUGGUAGAUAUAUGAAAGUUCCAGGCGAGAUAUUGAGACGAUUGACUAAUCUCCGGUCAUUACCUUUUCUCAAGGUGGGUAAGGAGACGGGUCCUAGAAUUGAGGAACUGGGUUGUUUAAACCAGUUGCACGACACCUUGUCUAUAUAUGGACUGGAAAAUGUAGGAGAUGGAGAAGAAGCUCUGAAAGCAAACUUGGUAGAGAAGAAACAUAUGCGCAGGUUAAUCCUUGGAUGGAAGCUUAGCAGGCCAAGCCACAAUGUGGAGAAUGACGACAAUGUACUAGAAAGCCUCCAACCACAUUCUAGUUUGGGAUUUUUGGAGAUUGAAGGAUUUAUGGGUGUUAAAUUUCCAUCAUGGUUAUUGCUAGCCAACAAUUUGAAAGAGAUUGAAUUAUCGGGCUGCAACAAAUGUGAAGGAGUCCCAGUACUUGGGCAUUUACCCAAUCUUAGUUGUGUUAAGAUAAAGAGAAUGGAGAACCUAACUCGUAUAGGAUCUGAGUUCUAUGGUGAUGACCGUGUUAACUGUGGAAAUGGAUCAAGUAAGGAGGCGCGGCCUUUGUUCCCUGCUUUGAAAACAUUGCAUAUUGAGGGGGCCCAGAACCUGAUUGAAUGGAUGGAAGCGCCAACAGAAAGGGCAAGUGUGGUGUUUCCAUGCCUUGAGCAGCUGACCUUGAUUCGGUGUAACAAACUGACAACUGCUCCCAGUCAUUUCCCAUCUCUCAAGAAAUUGGUGAUAGAAGACAUGGAGAGUGGAGGCAUGCCAAUAGCAAGUAUUCUAAGCAAUCAACUCACCGCUCUCACUUAUCUCAGCUUAGAAGGUGUGGGGGGACUUACUUGUCUGCCGGAAGGGAUGUUAGAAAACAAUGCGAAUCUUGCACAUUUGGAAAUGUGGACUUGUUCGGAGUUAAUUUGUAUUUCUCCCCAAUCACACGGAUUUGAGUACUGCUGCGCAUCUCUUUCAUAUUUGGGGAUAUUUAUUUGUAAGAAUCUCAGAUAUUUACCUGAUGGGCUACUCACUCCUUCUCUUAAAGAGAUGACGUUGUAUAAUUGUCCCAAUCUAGAGUACAUCUCAGAUGCUACACACGGUGGUCUCACAUCCCUUGAAACAUUGAAGGUGAUGCAGUGCCCUAAAAUAACUUCCAUUCCAUUUUCACAAGGCCUCCCAUCUCUUGGUCAAUUAGAUAUACACCAGUGUCCGGAAUUAUCAAGCCUACCGGGUGGACUAGAAUACUGUACCUCUAUUCGGAGUUUGUCAAUAUCAGCUUGCCCCAAGGUACCAUCCAUUCCAAUCGAAAGUCUGAGUGCAACCCUCGAAGAUCUGUGUGUAAGUAAUCUAGACUCUCUUCCAAUUUCACGAGGAGGCUUCACAUCACUCCGUGAAUUGUCAAUCAUGCGCUGCGAAAGUGCACAAAUUGGGCCAGAAUUUAGUGCCUUUCUUCAAACCCUCGUCUCUCUUCAAAAAUUGAAGAUGGGGUUUUGCAAAAAUCUAGAGACUAUUCCAAGUUCAGACAAGCUCACAUCCCUCCGCAGCUUGGAGAUUAUUGGGUGUAACAAAUUAACAUGUCUACCGAAUGGGUUAGCAGCAUCGUCACAGUCCUGCAGCCUCACCCGUUUGAAGCACUUGACAAUUGGUCGUUUCUGCGAGGAUCUCGAUGCAUUCCCAGCUUUUCAGCCUAUACCACAGCUUGAAUCAUUAAGCAUCUACGGGUGGCGUAAGCUCAAGUCUCUCCCUGAACAAAUUCAACACUUGCCUUCUUUAAGGCAUUUGUUUAUAGCAUCCUUUGAGGGAGUGGAGGCUUUUCCAGAGUGGUUGGGAAACCUUGCAUCUCUUGAGGACCUGACUGUUGGGUCUUGCGAGAGUCUAAAGUAUCUACCUUCUGUGGAAGCUAUGCAAUGCCUCACCAAAUUGAAGGAGAUACGCAUCAUCUACAGUCCCCUUCUAGAAGAAAGAUGCAGGGAGGAGAGAGGCCCAGAGUGGCCUAAGAUUCGUCAUCUUCCAUUCAUCACGAUUGGGGAUACAAUAAUCGAGAAUUGACCAACGCAGAGUACAGAUAAUUCUUAAUUGCUUAAAGUGCCCACAUUGAGGCAAAUAAGUACGAUGUUUCUGCAGGGGCAUCUAGUUUGUUUUCGGCAAACAAUUUCUGAAGGUUUUUGCUAAAUUGGAGGAAUAAGUGUUGUGCCAUUAGAGUCCUGGCUUUCUCAAACACCAGAUGAGGAGUAGUUGAGUUGGCUAACUGAUAGGCCUUUCACGCCAUCUCCCAAGAGAAAUCAUUGUUACCGUGGAAGCUGUUGUAUGGAAAAUCUCUUAACAGAUUUCAGCGUACAGCCCUUUGCAGCAAGAUUUGGGGCACAAGGUUUUCGUCAUUUUUGUCUCUGUUGUACUAAAAGCAAUUUAUAGCCAUCAAAUCGGACAUUCUUUGCCUAGCAAAAGUGUGAGAUGUCUAAUGGAUGACAGAAACAAGCUAAUUGGUGACGCAGUCAUUUGGUGCAGGCAAAAGCAUUCUUAGAGCCAAAAAAAUUCAUAGGUGAAUUUUGACAGAGCUUUUACAGUUAUCUAAGAAGGUGUGUCCCUGCGGAGGGUUACUUACAUGCAUUUACGAUGUUAAGCACUAAGCAAUCCCUUAACUUCAUGAAGUUCUGCACCACAACAAGGUUUCCUGUCAGCAAAAGAAGCUUUCAGUUUGUGCCUCUGAAUUGUCCUCCAAAGUGGUUGUGUAAGAUUAUUGGGGCUAACUCUGUUUUCCUAAUCCCUUUUAAAAUCAUUACUAGCUUGGAAGGUGCUCAAUUGAAAACUCUUAAUAGCUUUCACAAUACAGCAAAGCCAAUAUUUUCUCCUUUUAUUGUCAAUAUUGGGGAUUUGGUUUCUCCAAAGCAACUGUUAGCCAUCUAAUCUGAAAUCUUUGGAUGAUAAUCAUGAUAUGAGAUGGAUAAAAACAAUCGAAGAUGGUGUUGGUCUCUUCAGUGUCAGCCAAGCUGAGAUGUUCCCUAGAGUUGGGAGUACGUAGGGAUGCCAUUCUUGUUUGAGUUACUUGGCUAAAGUUUGGAAACAGGCUCAUUGUUCUCGUGGAUACUCCUGCCCAAGCAGAACAACCGAUGAGUGGACACUGGGCAACAUGUUCCACAUCAGCUCGGAGAACUGAUCAAGAAGCCCUUUUUUUUUCCGUCUCAUAUCAAGGAGCCUCACAUUCACACAUGAUGAGACCUCUGCCCAUGCCUCGAGCUACUCACACAUUAAAGGACCUUCAAUUCCAUGCCUUAUGGGACAAUGUUUCAUCACUCUCUAUUCAGUUGCAUUCUUUAUACAGCUAAACCAUCAUAUAGUGUAAUUAAACAUAUUUAUUCGAUCA